CAGCAGUCUGGAGUGGUGAGAUGAAAGUAUUCCCAGUGCAGAGCAAGAGGAGGGCUAAGUCAUCUACCUCCUGAAGGACAGAGCCCAGGUGACCAGGUUCCAGGUGAGCUCAAGGUAGUUCAGUGCCACGAAGCUUUAUCUUCCCAGCCAGGACCAUGUCUGGACGCCAAGUGAACCGUGCCAACACUUACAGCUGCUCAAACCAUCCCAACAGCUCAUCUUUCCCACUCCGGACAACAGGCUGCUCCCAUCAUCCCAAUGUGACUGGAGUUAGCAGCCUGAAGUACCCCCGUACCACUAGUGCUUUGGAGUUCAGCAGCUAUGACAGCCCUAGAUCCCCUAGUCUUGUGAGGCGAAUCUGCAUGGGCCGGCCCUACAAUGCCAAAUGCGUGGAGACAAGCCACCUGGCGAAACGCCCCAAGGAGAUCCGAAAGCCGGCUGCUAACCAUGGCAACCCCUGCUGCCUGCUGUGCACAGAUCGCCCCUCAGGCCCCUCUAGCCCUACCUUCCUAGACCAGCUCAUCAAAAGCAUUAACUACCUUGACAGGUCCACCAGCACCUUCUACAACAAGUCCUCGCUGAGCUUGCCAAGGCUUGCAGCCAACUAUCUGGAACGAGCCACCAACUCCAUCCAACUGGACCACCCAGACCGUGCCCAUUCCCGCAGCUACUCCAUCCCUAAUGCCAGCCCAGCCACCUCUGACAUGUCCAAUGUCAGCACCAACACCAGCACCUGCAUGGUGCCAUCCACCAGGGGUGUUGGUACUUUGCAGUACACAGACAACUCAGUCUAUAGGGGCCCUUCACACAGAUAUUACAGUCCAAACACCUCUCCCACUAUGCCCCGGAGACCAGGGGUAAAGUUGCCAGAGCUUCCUUUGUUUGGCAGUGGGAUCUUUGCCUUAGGUCGUCUGCCCAAGGUUUGGGAAGCAAUCCGCUCAGGCUGGCGUGCUCCUGAGCCCAUUUCUAAACCCUCCAGCUGGUGGUGACAUGAAUGCCAAUUAUGCAAGGGGCACAGGUCUAUUGGGCCACAGUUGAGGAAAAUAAACAGCGUGUGACAAAGUG